AAGAACAAAUUUUGGUAUUUUGAGUUUGGCACAUCUGAAACUUUCUCAGCCACCUGCAAGAAGCUACAUGAAUCUGUAGAAAUAGAGUGUGAUGGAGUACAGAUAGAUAUAAUAAACAUCUCUCUGGAAGGAAUUGCUAUUUUGAAUAUACCAAGCAUGCAUGGAGGAUCCAAUCUUUGGGGAGAGUCUAAGAAAAGACGAAGCCAUCGCCGAAUAGAGAAAAAGGGGUCUGACAAAAGGACCACGCUCACAGAUGCCAAAGAGUUGAAGUUUGCAAGUCAAGAUUUGAGUGAUCAGCUGCUGGAGGUGGUUGGCUUGGAAGGAGCCAUGGAGAUGGGGCAAAUAUACACAGGACUGAAAAGUGCUGGACGACGGCUGGCUCAAUGCUCCUCUGUGGUCAUCAGGACGAGCAAGUCUCUGCCAAUGCAGAUCGAUGGGGAACCGUGGAUGCAGACGCCAUGCACAAUAAAAAUUACACACAAGAACCAAGCCCCAAUGCUGAUGGGCCCUCCUCCAAAAACCGGGUUGUUCUGCUCCCUCGUCAAAAGAACAAGAAACCGAAGCAAGGAAUAACCCUGUAUCGUUUCCUUCUUAGAGAUCUAAUUAGCAUAAUUGGGCCGUGGAACACUUAUGCUGGAAAUCUUUGAACCAUUUCAAGUCUCCUGCUCAUGCAAAAUCAUGGAAUUGGUUUAACAGUUUUUGUUACUGAGCUAAUGUAAAAUUCAGCUAUUAGAAAAUUUAUUGUCUCAGUUUUUAUAGGCAUCUUUGCAUGAAGAAAGCAGAAGUUUACAUAAAGUGGUACUGCAUAUUUUUGUUGCAUGCAUUCCCAUAGGUUUUUAUGUCUACCACCCAUUCCUCUCCCAAUAUCCAUUUACUAACCUCUAUGAAAAACCUGUGAAA